UAUAUCAGAACUUCAGAUAUCGUGUAAAUACCGUUAAAAAUGCAUUGAUAUAUGUUGAUAUUUCCAUAUUGUCGUUCCAACCAUAUCAAAAACUAAUACAUAAUUCGAUAUUUGAGAAACUUGGUUAAAAUUUCUUAUGUAAAAAAUAAACAAAAUUCGUAAAGUUUAGCAGGUUUAGUUUUGGCAAAAUUAUUAGUAAGUGCCAAAAAAUAAAAUGUCAACACGUUGGUAUCCAAUUUUUCAAAGGAAUGGGCCACAGCUACGAGUAUUUUUGCCAAACUUUUGGUUGAAGCUUGUCCGAACACCUGAACCACAACCCAAAAACGUAAUUACCUUUAUUUGUUCAAUGGAAAUGACGAAGUAUGAUAUCAAGAAUUAUUUGGCAAAAAUUUACAGCUUAUCGGUUGUAGAUGUGCGAACAAGAGUAGCGCUUGGCGAAAUAAAACGUGACAGGAUUAAAAAUUAUAUAACUAAAGAUGACGAUACGAAAUAUGCUUAUGUUACCUUACCCAAAGAUCAAAAGUUCGGCUUUCCAAACUUAUUUCCUGAGAAAAACAAAGAAAAGAAAGAAAGCGAAGACAGAGCUAUCGAGGAUUCUAAAAAAGGCUUUAAAAAUUUUUUGGAUAGAAACAAAAGUCGUCCUGGAACUCCGAGUUGGUUUUCAAUUUGAAAACAGAUUAACUUCCAUAUUACAUACAUAUUUCAUUUUAUUACGUGUAAAAAGUGCAAAGUAGAUUUGCGAAAGAAAUCAAGAGAAAGUAAUAAAUAUCCCAAGUUUCAAAAAUGUUAAUCCGAAAAAAUGUACAAAAGAAUUAUUUGUAUAUUAAGUUAAAUAUGUGUAACUUUUGCUGGUGUAAAUUUGAAACUAUUUGGACAUAUCACCAUAAUAAGAACCUCUUAAAUGAUG